AUGGAAGCCGGCUGCCGUGUUGUUCGUGGUCCAGAUUGGAAAUGGGGGAAUCAAGAUGGCGGAGAAGGACAUGUUGGGACUGUUGUUGUGGUGGGUAGAAGUGGAAGCGUUUCUUCUCCCGAUAAAACAGUCGUGGUUCAAUGGGAUGGUGGAACGAGAACUAACUACAGAUGUGGUUAUCAAGGAGCGUUCGAUCUGUGUCUGUUUGAUAAGGGCCCGGCGGGUAAGGCGUUAUAAUUUAAAGCUUCCUGACUUUGAAUUAGCAUCUGUAUGGGCGCGCAUUUCAUCGAUAAAAAUUCUUAACCUCGUGCGAUUUGACCGCUAAGAAUUAUUUAUUGCUCAUGGAGGUAGUAAAGAUUUCCAGUCGUUCUAUCAAAAGGAAAACGGUUCUUAAAAAAAGUUUCUAAGUAGAUGUUUACGUAAUGAAAGGUUCAGUGUUUACGUUCACUUUGUCACAUACUUAUGCUUUCUCCCAAAAAUAACUUACAAUUCAUAAUUAUUUUUACCAGUCUUUAUUGUGAGACAGUAACAUCUCUUCCUGAGGGAUAAUCCUUUACUGUGUAACUUCAAUCAGGGAAUGAGAUGAAGUUUGUCUAAACGCAUCUCACCGACACGAAAAUGAGCAAUAUUAGACCGGCGUAUUGUUGCAUUCAUGAUAUCCAAAUUUUCUGUAGAUAUAAACUCACAUUUUUGGUAUCCUUCGCAACAGUUGCACUGUUGUAUUUCAUUUCAUAACAUGGCCUGUUAUAGCAAACUUGUCCUUGGCUCAUUCAUUGAUUUUUAGGAAACUGAAACAGCAGAAACAUCAUGGUUUAAAUUUUCAGUUCUUAGACUAUUUCCAUCUACAGGGCAAGUUUAAGUUUUGCCAUGGUUUGAAACUUGAGAUGUUAUUCAAGCUUAAAUGAACAGAAGGAACCGAAGACAAGUUUACCUACUAAGACAAUGAAUCUUUAAAAAGAGAGGAAUUGAAUUUUGUCAGGCCUAAAGGGAAGGAGGUUAUUAUUAAAUUGUUGGCUAUCAUUCAAACUAGCAAAAAAAACCACAAACUAGAUUACACUGAGGAUAGAGAUUCACCUAGUCUUCCUGAAUUAAAAUGUAUGCAGACCAGUGUUGCUAAUAAUAAAAUGUUAUUGUUAAGCAACAAUAUGUAGUAUUUAUAAUGAGUGUUUUUUGACGUUAGCCUCAGGGGAAAAAGAAAUAAAAAAAUUAAAGACAAAAUGAAUUGAUAUUAUAAUUGCUUAUGUGAAAAAACUAAUCAAGCAUGACUGACAAAAUUUUUGAUUAUUGUUACAACUCUUGUAAAAUGGAAAAUUACAUAGUAAUACAACACACUUUUUGAGUUGAAUUCCGUGUCGUAAGACUCUUAUGUUGUAGAUCCAGCUGAUAAAAUCUCAAGGAUGUUACAAGACUCCUGAAAUUCUACAAAUCCUUUCAUCACCAUAGAAUUGAUCAGUGGACCAUGAUAAUUUCUUUGUAAUUACUAUUUUUUAUUUAUAAAUUAUAUCUGUUUAGAAAAGCUGUUAAUUGUCUAUUUUCCAGGUGUUGUGCAUUCGAAUGUGUCUUGUAAUGAGUGCAAAAAGCAAGCCAUUGAAGGAAUUCGCUGGGAAUGUUGUGACUGUGUCAGUCUUAACCUGUGUAGUUCCUGUUACAUGAGUGAUAAGCAUCCACUUGAUCAUGGUUUUAAUAGAGUGGAAGCUCGUGGAAAACCAGGGUAAGAUGGAAAAGCAUUGUGAUAAGAAUUACACAAAAAUUAAAAAAUGCUUUUGCUUUAGGUCAGCUGUCUCAAACAAUUUUUACAUGACAUUAAUGACCUGUAAUAUGUUGGGCACAAGUUCACAGAAAAUGACAUGUAUUGUUUUUGAGUUCUUGGAAAAACUCUGACCAUUGAUGAUAUGCUUCUAAGAAAGCUGGGUCUGCAUUUGUGGAAAUUCCCAGAAAACUAGCUUAGGAGUUAACUGUUGUAAGUGUUUAAUGGGCAAGGUAGCUGUCAGACAUGUAAGAUGGUUCAUAUCCCCAGCUGGGAUAAAAGGAGUGGCUGUAAGGGCACCCUGUCACCUACCCCCCCCCCCCCCCCCCCACUUUUUUGCUUUGGAAGAAUAAUACUGGAAAGAUUUCCACUGUUUUAAUUUUGUGCAUUACAAAUUUAAAAACUGGACAGUUAUGACUUUUUGUUUCACUUGGGCUUAUGCUGAAAGCUAACUUUUACAACUGUAUAUUUCUUACUGCAGAGUUUUCGUUGGCAACAGACUUGGCAAGUGCAAAGUUGAGGCUAAAGGGAUAUUUGCUGGUGCACAAGUCAUGCGUGGGCCAGACUGGGACUGGGGGAACCAAGAUGGAGGGCCCCAAAGUGUAGGUCAGGUGUUGGAUGUGAGAGGCUGGGAACUGGAAAGUUUCCGAAGCGUCGCGUGUGUUAAAUGGAAACCUACCAGUACAAAUGUGUACCGUGUUGGGCACAAAGGCAAGGUAGGGAAAUACAAUCUGGCAAUUUUUGUGUUAAACAUUGUUCGGCUGGCCUUAGCUUGCACAGCCUGCAUGCAAGCAAGCUCUCCAGGCAGGCAUAUUUUUUUUUUUUGGGGGGGGGGGGGGGGGUGCGCAAUAUAGAACGGAACCAUCAUAUUGGAAACUUUCAGUACUUGGUCUAGGAAUGAGGAAGUUGCAUUAUUUCUCCUUGAAUUUCAUAGAUGACAUUGAAGCAAAAUAAUAUAAUAUCCUAGCUAAAUGUGCUGAUAGUUCCCAUGUUUUUAAAAAAUCUUUAAUACAGGGCUAUUAAUGUUCGUUGGCUGUAGACUUCCCCCAGCUAUUAGGAGCAUUUACUACUUUUUUAGGACUCAAAAGGAAAAUAAAACCAAAAGAGCCUCUGAGCUGUUGAAAUCCUGGCUUACUUAGUGCAUAUGUUGUACACGGUAAAGUGACAGCCCUGGAAUAUUAUUUUGUUUUCUUUGGUUAUAAGGCGUAGCAUUUUUUCAACAAAAGUGUGCUCUAUAGCUAUAAAUCCGUUGUAAUUUUAGGGAGCAUCUUAUAACCGAGCAUCUUCCAGCAAUAAAACAAGAUUCUGUCAAAUUUUUUACUAUAAAAGCUGUAGCUGCUCAUCUUCCUCUUUGUUAUCAGUCCAGUCCUCAAUUAUUUUCGCAACUUUUAAAGUACAUCAAAUCAUUUAUAUUAAAUCAAAUGUUAUUUUUACCUGUCAUUUUUCAGGUGGAUUUAAAAUGCAUCACUGUUGGAAGUGGAGGAUCUUAUUAUAAGACACAUCUGCCCAAACUUGGUCAAAACCCUGAAUCUCUGAUCAUACCACACUCAAGUAACUCUGUAUCAAGAUCCACUAGCGAUGAUCCACCAUUUGAGGUUGGUGAGAGGGUGCGAGUUCUCUUAGGCGUGGACACACUAAGAGAUAUGCAAGAAGGACAUGGAGGAUGGAAUGACAAAAUGGAAGAGGUAGGUGAAGUGUAGCCUGUACAGUGUGGCAAUCUGUGAAAAUCAAUCCUGUGGUUUGUUCUCUUAUUGCUGCUUUCUUUCUUUCUUUUUUUUUUGCGGUUUAUGGGCACGAGUGACAUUUUAGGGUAACAGUUUUCACGCUCAUUGCGUGAUUCAGUUUUUGUUUCUUGCCAUACAGUGUAAAAGCUUUUCCCACCCUCCCACCCUUUGCCAGUUUUAAAAAAGUGUGUUUUAGUUUAACAGCUGAGUGUAUUAAGUUCAGGAAGGUUUUUCUCUUUUUUCCUUUGUUUGUUGUAAAUUUUUUGUGGUGGUUGUGAUUACUAAAAAGCUGUUGCAUUGUCAUGUGGCGGACAAAUGGCAGUCAGUGUGCGGGAAGUGGAUUUUAUUAGAAGCUUAAUAUUUUUCAGGUGAUUGGCCUGACAGGAACAGUACAUAGAAUAACUGAACGUGGUGAUGUGAGAGUACAGUACCCUGGGUUUGCUAAUAGAUGGACUUUUCACCCUGCAGCCCUUACAAAGGUAAAAGUAUUAAGAUGGAAUCCAUUAGGAAAUUGAGUAAUUUUAAUUUUUAGUGGAUAAAACCUUUUACCAGAAUAAUUUAAACGAUAUCGCUUUCUUUUUUACAUCUUUCAAGGGGUAUAGAUGUAAUUAGUUACCUGUAAUAACAUCAAAGACUAUUUCUCAUGAGAGUCCGAGGAAAUGAAUGUCAAAUUUCACAAAAUGAGACCUUGCAUAUCAAAUUUUCAGAAUACCUGCAUUUUCAUAAUUCUUAAAAGUGAAAUUUGAAAUUUUAUUUUAUUUUCUCGGGCUCCCAUGAGAAAUAGUCUUUAGUGUUAUUACAGAUAACUAAUUACAUCUAUAGCCCUUAAAAACUGUAAGAAAGAAUGCAAUAUUGUUUUAAUUAUUCUGGUACAAGGUUUUUGUCCACUGAAAAUUGAAAUUACUCAAUUUCCUGAUGGAUUCCGUCUUGAGAGUACUAUACUUUAAGCAUAUAUGAGUGAAUUUUGACGUAAGGACGAAAUUAUUUCUAUAACACUGUCUCUAUAACCUCCACCAAACAGCGCCAUUAAGGUUGUUGAUGCUUGUAAGUAGUAACCCAGAGAACGGGUCAUUCAAAAGUCGUCUCCCGAAAGUUAUGUUGCUGAAACCGAGAAUUAUGGAGUUAUGCCUCGGCACAUACCCACAUGACCGCUCGGAAACGCGGAAAGCAAGCGCAAAAUCGCCCUUAUUUCAGCGGCAUUUCUUUCUAUCCGUUCAACGGAGGUUUAAGGAAUUUUUGGCCAGACCUCUGCCCCAAUCCUUUACCUUGGUGUUAGAACCGUGAAAUUUUUCUUUAUUAUACCUGUUAUUGAUUGUAUCGAUUAUUAUGUUCCAAGGCUCUAUUUUUUACAUUACUCAAGGGUGUUACAGUUCUUGCAGCGAGGACGAGCCCCAAAUUUGGCGUUUCCCUGUCAUUCGUAAGUCACGUGAAGCGAGCGUGCGCUUCCUCCGCCCCAAUCCUUCUCCGCUCGCUCGUCCGUGACCUUCUACUCUUGCAAUCUCUAGAAUGAGAACUUGCUUGCAGUCUCUCGUUGCUUCAUCAGGGUACUGUAGAUGAUGAAGGCUUCGUAUUUUCUCUUAGGUUGACGAGCUACACGUCAGUGACAAAGUAAGGGUGAUGAAAAAUCUCGAAUUGGUAAAGAAACUUCAGUUUGGGCAUGGAGAGUGGACUGAGGAUAUGGUUUUGGUAUGUAAACGUAUUUCACAUGUGGUCGAAGUUUUACCUUGUAAUUGAACAACACAUCAACAUAGAGUGACUAAUUAUUGUAGUUGUUUUGCACGCUUAUCACUUUGACUACCAUUUUAUUAAACGCAACAACGCUUCGAGAAUGCAGUGUAGGCGAAUAAACAUUUUGUAAAAAUUUAUCAGGGCUCGUAAAAAGUCCCGUCCGAUAGUUGGGCGAGUAACUGUUAAUGCUGACUUGCCCAUUAGGGCCCAAGGUAGUCAUCUUCAAACCAAAUCAUUAACUGUCUACUAAGGCUAAGCAAGAGGUAGCCUCGGAAAAGCAAACUAUGAGAGCUGCUUGCCGAAAGGACCAGCUGGAAUAUAAGUUUUUUUCCCGCCCUAUUAAUUCAUGACAAGAAUUUUCAUCUCUCUCUUCUUAGGCUCUGGGCAAAGUUGGGCAAGUCUUGAAAAUUUAUUCUGAUGGAGACAUCAGAGUAGCUAUUGCAGGGCAACAUUGGACAUUUAACCCGGCGGUGCUGGUAAAGGAGUCACCUACAGCAAUACCAUCAGGCCCACUAGCAUCGCCCCAGGCCAAACACACUGCAGCGCAUGGAGAGUUACAGGGAAUCUUACAACCAUCGCCUUCAUCAACAUCGUCUUCCAAGUCUCAGCGGCAACACCAAAGGCGUUCAUCGGCAGAUGAACGAAGAAAUGUUCCAAAUUCACAAAGAGAAAUAGGUAAAACUUAGAGAAGGAAAAUAUAAAUUUUACAGUCGGUAGCGUUCAGAAAAUAUAUAUGCCUGUCAGCUAGUAAAUCAAUAAUAUUACCUCGCGACAUACUCUUAUAAUUACAUGCAUGGAGUUAUAUGGUACACCUACGUCAGCGAGUUUUCAAUAGUCGUGUUAAUGGGAAAUGUGAAAAGUUUUUAUUUUGCGUGGGAAGAAAACAAAAAUGUCAAGGUGUACACGGGCAACAAGGAAGUCAAGGAGAACAUCCUUGUGAAAACGGAUUCUUAGCAACAGCGACAUCAGCAGAAGUGAAUUUUAGCCUCAAUCAGCAAAACAACAACUCUGCACGCUUUGCACGUGCAUCAAGUUUUUGAGCACAUUCCUUUGCCUUCUUCGGCGUGGAUACGUCGUGAAAUUAGGGAGCUUAGGAUUUGUCUAUGCUAUACGGGACAGUUUUUCAUGUUGACAUGGAAAGCUAUCCUGCAUUGUAGGGACACCUGUUUACACUGGGCUAAAGGGUGUCACAGAAACUUAUCCGAUAUGUGAGGGUACACUGUCAAGAUCGAGACGGCGCGGUAUCACUACGUUACAGAAAGCGCCCCGAAAUCACUGUUCUCAUGUGUCAAGAGAAAACCUAACUACAUAAGAGAAGGUUUUCGUGCUGGCGCUAGAGCGCUCCAGUAUAGUAUAGACAUAAAGCCUUAAACAACCUCAACAAAGACGUUGACUAAAACGUCAAAAACAACACCCGCCCUGCACGUGCACCAUGCACAAUGUUUGGUAAAUUUCAUUGACGUCACCGCACGAACUUUCCAUGCGACAGUUUAUGGAAGACCUGAAGACACGACGACUCCAUCCAUCCAGGGAAAUUUGCCCACUUUUGAGUCGACAGGCAUUAUCUUGGCAGAGAACUGAAUAAAAAGCGGCACCAGUGUUAUUUUUUGGGACUGGGUCUUUUGCUUUAAGAAAUAAACUGCCGGUAUUCUGGUAGGGUUUUUAGUGAGGAAAAAACAAACAAACAACAACAACAGCGACGACAACAACAAGACGCCGACACCAGUAAUGUGCCAGAACAUCAAAAAUUCUUAUCAUAGUGCUUAUGCUUGCACCAAAAGCCUUUUUUCACGAUAUAAUAAGAACUCUUAUGCUUGCUUUUGUGCUGGCGUAGUAGUUAAAACCGUGCUUCCUUCUCAAGUAGGAAUGUAGCAAGUAGGAAUUGUUAAAAUGUCAAUAUGACUAGUAAGUUGUUCUGUUUUCAGAUGAAUCUCUGAGAACACUCAUGGAUCACCUGCGCAUCAAUGCGUCAACUGAUAUAGGGUCUAUGAUUGUCAGUGAGGCAGGACAAGGACACGUUGAAAAACUGAGAGAACUGUUAAAAACUCAUCCAGAUAAGGUGGGUGCAGCCAGCUCUAUUCCACAGGUAUCCUCCCUCGUGUUGUCUGUUUACACAAGGCCAAACUUAACUACCGUAGACUGCCGCUUUUCGCGUUUGUCAGAACGCAUCCUAAUCUGGUGUUCUUGUGGCACUAAGGCAGAAAUGUUCGAGCUGUGACGGGCGACUGCAAAUUAGCCGCCCCUAUUAAUCAGGGGCACCUCGUCCAGGAAACUUGACUCCUUUCGACUCGAUUUCGUUUCCGAAAUUUCUCCGUGAGUGACGAACGCGGAUCCGUAAUCAAUGAUUACCUCUAGUUAAUAUAAGCCCCUCCAUUUAAGAGAUUUAACAAACAUUCAACUUUUGGACGUGAAAUGAAACCUCUUUCGGCGGUGCUUUUCCGUAGCACUAUUCACUUUUUGAUACUGUAGGACGUGAAAUUUGGGGAGAUUUAUGCAGGGGUACAUUGGUUUAGGAGAAGUGUGACGUCACGUUUCCAUGGUAGCACUAUUUCUGGAUGACAACAAAAUCAACAACGAUGGCGACGGCGAGGAGAACAGCAAAAAAUAACAUGUUUAUAUUAGCAAACAACAACUUUGCACGUGCAUCACGCUAUUUUGUACAUUUCUUUGCCGUCGCUGCACCACUACGACAUGGAACAACACAAACAUACAACACAAAAAUUGUCGCUUUCUUUUUCUAACCUUAGGUAACGAUAGAUACAGUCCCAAAGAAAAUUUCGCCAAGAUUUGUCAAAUUAAAUGAUACUGAAUAAGGUCGGUGAAGUUUGAAAUAUUGUGAAUAGACUUCCAAGUGACUUUUUCGGUUUGUUAUUAUCCAAAAAUUUUGCUUCCAUGGCAACGUGACGUAACGACUUCUCCCCUCUAUUAGGGGUGAAAAGGUCAGUUAUCGCGCGAGUCCUAUGAUAUGGAGGAAAACGUAAUACUACUUAAAAUCUUGCCAAGACGCUGUCCAUUGAUUAUUCUUCGGUUAUUUUUUUUUAGGUGGACAUUGUACGAUCUGAUAAGACUGCUUUGCAGAUUGCCAGUCACCAAGGGCUCACCCAAAUUGUGGAGCUUCUACUUAAUCUCGGUGCUAACGUUAAUCUUCAAGUUAGUAUUAUAAGGUCUUGAAGUAGCUAAAAAGUUUUAUCAAAGCAGCGAUUUAGUUAAUCCAGUUGUGAUGUACUGCUAGGCUUAAUUUCUGCGGUUCUUUCAACGGAGGAGUAAAUGCGCUUUUCAUCGUUUGAACCAGGAGCUUUUAUGUUGGGGUCCAUUUCAACUCAAAGUUUUCAAGCCAGUAGGUCUAAAGCCAAGUUUUUUUAAAACAAUUGAUCAUUUUUUUUUACCAAAAUGGGUCUGUUUUCGAAACCACAAAAUUUCGCAGAAAUUUUAAGGAGAGUUAUUCUGGAUUUCGGGCCUCGAUCAGAUCCAAUUUUCUUCUUUGUUCAAGAUCAAUCUCUAGCCACAUUCUAAGCAAAAAAAUCGGAUUUAAUGUAAUAUUAUAAUGUUAUAAAAUCGAGUAACUUUCGCUGAUCGGGGUUCCCUUUUUUUUUUCAGGACGCUGAAGGAGAUACAGCUCUACAUUAUGCUGCAUUCGGGUGAGUCUAGACUUAAGGCCGUUCUGUUUAAUCUUUCUUUUUUCAAGGAAAGUUGGCUGAUGUCGGACAGCAUUCUUUGAAGAUUUUUUGCAGAUUCUUUGAAGAUUUUUUUUAAGCUUUUAACAUUUCGCCAAAGAAUGAUCGAAGCUUUAUGAUCAAUAUAAGAAAUACACACAAACUGCUCUUGUUGUAUAUGUUUCGUUAUCUCUGGUGUCUUAUAAGAAUAUUUUGUUAUUCCUCAGAAAUCAGUCCGCAGCAGCUGUUGCUCUACUGAAGGGAGGCGCGGAUGGCAACAAGCUUAACAAGAACAAAUGCUCUCCGCUUCACGUGGCAGUCAAUAAGGGAUAUACGGAUGUCGUAAAAACGUUACUAAACUUCUCCUGUGAUGUCAACGCACAGGUUUGUGGUAAUUCGACACAUCUUCGUACUUAGGACCUCUCUUCUUCCAGGACCGAGAUAGAACUGGAAGAAGAGAGAGUCAAAGGAGGAAAAUUGAUGGUGACGUUUUUUUGCUUUGCAGGAUUCAUACGGGGACACUGUCCUUCACGAUGCCAUAGCUAAAGACUUCAUUGAGAUUGUUGAAGUUCUCGUGAACUUCCGCGGCGUAGAUCUGUCCAUUAAAAAUAAGCGAGGAUUCAACUGCCUUCAUCAUGCAGCCUUAAAAGGAAAUGCGAGGUCAGUAGUGAUUUUUGAGAGAGAGAAAGGCGAGGUGGGGGAGAGGGGGGGGGGGUUGAAGAAAGGGAGGAGGGAAUGGGGGAUCGAUUACUUGUUUGUUUCCAUUUUUAUUCUGUCUUUAAUAAUGAUAAUAAUAAUAAUAAUAAUAAUAAUAAUAAUAAUAAUAAUAAACCUUUUUUUUAUUGAGGGUAGCACUCAAUAUCUCUCGAUAAUCUACACUUGGCCCUCACAAAAAAUUAAUAAAGAACAAAAAAAUCAGUCAAAAAACUAUAAUUCAUCGGCAAGAAUUUGAAGAUAAACUAACUAAGGAAUUGCUAAAGACUGUCCAUUACAAUUUACAAAUUUCAAUUCCCUUAAGUUUGUUUUCGGAAGACAUCAAGGUAAAGCAACUCCUCAGGAAGUCUGUUCCACAAGCUUGCAGCACUGAACAUAAAUGCGUUAGACUGUUUAAUUCUGGGCAACUCUAAAUUUCUUAUACUGUUUCUUGU